AUGAGCGCCAACUACUCUCCCAUAAGAUUUAGCCAAAUUUCGCAUCCGAAGAUUCGCCUAGAUUUCCCUCUUGACCGCCAGGAUGAGAAACCACCUCGUUCCUCUACAGGGGUUGUGAAGGCCUGCAAUGGGAAAGGGCAACCGAAAAGUCGAUUCGGGUGCCAGGAAUGCAAACGACGACAUGUCAAAUGCGACGAGACCUAUCCUGUCUGCCGGCGAUGUCAAAACCGAGGCGCGGUGUGUGUGAUGCCGACCAGGAAGAAGACAUGGACUAUGGAGCUCCCUUGGCUCGUCACACCAAGCAGUUCAAGUAACAAUCACUCCAGGCAACUUCAAUAUUGGUUCAAACAGGCUUGCCACAUCAUGGUGUGGGACCCGGAGAUGAAUCCCAUGGGUCUUCCAAUCUUGAAAUAUCUCAAUGAGACGCCAUCUCUUCUGCACGCCAUCCAAAGCCUGAGCGCGGCUCACGAGAACUACUACUGGCCCCAGAGUAUGGAAGAGAGUCUCCUGGAACGACAAACCGCGCUUAGUCUCUUCCAACAAGAACUUCAUAGCUCUCAAAGACCUCCAAUUUCCGCCUUCCUGACCGUCUACACACUCGGCAUUUCUUCCCCGUGGAUCGAGAACUGCAUGGGAAAGGAACAUUUAGCAGGCGGUCGUGCCAUGAGUGAGAUAAUGCUAGCUUCAGAUGGCUUGAAAGACGAACUAUCCCAGUUCGUGUUUGGCGCUUUCAUUUACUGGGACAUGGCAUAUUCGUUCCUCUUGGACCCUCAGGAACAGCAACCUUUGAAUACACCGGAUAUUCAACGGAAUCCAAUCGCUCGGAGACACAUACCAUUGCAUUGCCGGGUAUGCGAUCGAGAUGUUCUACCUGAUCGGGACCUUGGGUCGUUAUUGUCGAGGCGUUAUCGACGGUCAAGAUCGAGAUCUCGUUUUAGAGGCCACCUUGGAAGAGCAAAUGAUCAGUUGGUCUCCAAGGCAGGACAGCCCGAUGCUAUAUAG